AUGACCGUCGACGACGCUCCAUUGCAGAGCUCAGUUUGGGCUCAUAACCUACGGGAUCUAAGCCGUGCCUGGGCCUUGGAACCGACCGUCUUGGGUGGAACAGUGCCAACAACCACGGAGUGGCAACAGCUCUAUGCGGCCGCACAAAAGGGUGGCACCGGCAGGAUCUCUUCUCAGAUGCUGAUGGUGCUGCAUGCUCCUCUGCCAUCAAGCCAUGUGCUUCGCGCGGCAAAUGCGGCGCUGUGUAGCCGUGAGAGCGAAAACAACAGGCUGGAGCUGUUGAAGAGGCUGCUCAGCUGGCUUGAGAAAGAUACCUCCAGGUCGGCUCAGAUGCUUCGGGAAUCUUUAAAGGAGGUGCCAGAAUUCUAUGCGACCUUGCUGAAAUCCUUCAGGGCUGCCAUUCCCACAGAGCCAGUCUUUUGCGAAGUUGUGAUCCAAUUGAUGGGCCAAGUGUGCAAAGGCCACGUGGAGAACGCUUCGUCAUUCGUUCAGCUCGGUGCUGCACAAGACCUUUGCUAUGCCCUGGACAGGCACAGAUCGCGGAAAGAGCUGCAGCGGCACGGGCUCUAUGCGGUAGCUUGCCUGGUGCACGAUGGAGGCAAUCCGGUCCAAUCCAGCCAACCUGGGGUGUUGCGACCUGUCUACAUCAAACUGGCCAACUUGCAGCCUGAAAAUGUGGUGCUGCAAGCACAGGCACCGGGGUUCAGUUCUGCCCCCGGCUGCGACGGCAGCGAAAACAGCGCCUUUGCACAAGGAUCUGUCCCAUCACCGGCUUGGAAGGUCCCGGCUGUUUUGCUGUCGGCGUGUCGCAGGGAGAAGGCGAGUAAGGCAUUCGGCGAUGGUUCCAACUUCCAACUGCCAGGCAUUUGCCCUAUGGCAAGGAAGCCAAAGCUGAAAGAAGGAGAAAAGGCGCCAGAGCUCAAAGUCUUGCUGUUCCUGAUGUGGGAGGAAGGUGAAUCAAAGGUCAGCGUGGGAGUCUAUCCGCAUCAAAGUAAGCACUGGGAAGCCUUGGAACUGUCCGACUGCUCCACCAAGGAGGAGAUCAAGGCGAAGUACCGAAAGCUGUCUGUAAAAUAUCAUCCUGACAAGAACCAGGAGGAUGGUGCUAAAGAACGGUUUCAGCGCAUCACUGAAGCCUAUGAAGCGCUGAAGGAGACUGAUGGCCAGUUGGCGUUUCCUUGGGAGCGCUUCCCGGAGCGUCAACAGAUGAUGAAAGGCUCAGAUCUCAUCCGAACCUUGGGAUUUCUCGGAGCUGAAGCAGCACAACAAGAUCCCAUCAAAGCGCAGUUCAUGCAGCAAGUGGUGAAAGAGGCCACCGACUGCAGAGUGCUCUUGCAUGAAAGAGACACCAAAGAUGAAGAGAAGUCCUGCAAGGAAAUAUGGGCUGAUGCUCUGUGUGUGGAUGAGCGGAGUGGUGCGAACCAUUUGGUAAAGGUCUACCGGCGAAUUGUCACUUUGUCGGAAGCAGCCAAGCUUGCAGCUAAAGAAGGGAUGGAAGAACUUGACGAAUGA